GCUUGGACAAAAUGGACAGAGGAAACACCCCUAGAACUAUUGGAUCCUGACAUAGGAGGACCUUAUUCCCGUGAAGAAGUCAUCAAAUCUAUCCACAUCGGUUUGUUGUGUGUUCAGGAAGAUCCAAACGAUAGACCUACAAUGGCAACAGUUGUGUUUUACCUCAACAGCCCUUCAAUCAACUUACCUCCCCCUAAUGAACCAGGAUAUUUUAAGCGUAAUAGAAAAGAAGACAAGACGACGGCCAACAAAGAAUUGCACAAUAUCAGUGAUUCCAUCAACGAAAUUUCUCUAACUAAAUUCUUUCCUCGUUGA